GCCUUCCUGAACUGACCACCUUCAUCUUCAGCUGUGUGCACAGUACUUCCUCCAAGUCAAGAUGACGUCUAUGGCAGGUAAGCUAGCCCACCAAAAGGAGAGAGAUCAGGGCGUGGGCACCAAGCAACAAGCUGUGCAGUUCCAACAGCAGGACUACGAGGCCUUGAAGAAGCGGUGUCUGGAGACUGGCAAGCUCUUUGAGGACGACAAGUUCCCUGCCUCGAGCCGAUCACUAGGCUACAAUAAGUUGGGGCCAGGAUCCCACAAGACCCACGGGGUGGUUUGGAAAAGGCCAACGGAGCUGUGCUCAAAGCCAACAUUUAUCCAUGGAGGCGCGACCAGAACAGACAUCUGCCAGGGGGCUCUUGGGGACUGCUGGCUACUAGCUGCUAUUGCUUCUCUGACCCUGGAGCAGAAGAUCCUGGCCAGAGUGGUUCCUGGUGGACAGACGUUUGAUGAGGGCUAUGCAGGGAUCUUUCACUUCCAGUUCUGGCAGUAUGGGGAGUGGGUGGAUGUGGUGGUUGACGACCGUCUGCCCACCAGAGAUGGAGAGCUGCUGUUCGUUCACUCUGAGACCGACUCAGAGUUCUGGAGCGCCCUGUUGGAGAAAGCCUAUGCCAAGGUGAACAGCUGCUAUGAGGCCUUGUCUGGAGGAACCACCACAGAGGCCUUUGAGGACUUCACUGGAGGCAUAGCGGAGAUCUACGACCUCAGCAAAGCCCCAGCGCACCUCUUCAAAAUCAUCCAGAAGGCCCUGAACCUCGACUCACUGCUGGGCUGCGCCAUUGAUGGUCAAAAGACUGAGGCAGUCACCGCACAGAAGCUGGUCAAAAGACAUUCCUACUCUGUCACCGGGGCGCAAGUGGUGCACCAGGUCUCUGGCCGAGACGUGGAGCUGAUCCGUAUUAGGAACCCCUGGGGCAAGGUGGAGUGGAACGGGGCCUGGAGUGAUGGGUCGGAUGAGUGGGACCGUAUCAGUGCUGAUGACAGAGCUAAACUGAGCCAUGCCUCUGAAGAUGGAGAGUUCUGGAUGUCCUACUCAGACUUCAUGAAGAACUUCUCCAAAGUGGAAAUUUGCAACCUGACGCCAGACGAGUUGAGCAGUGAUGAGAAGGGCCGGUGGAACAGCCAGCAGUGCGACGGGACGUGGAGAGUGGGCUCUACUGCCGGAGGCUGCCGGAACUAUGAAACCACCUUCCACUCCAACCCCCAGUUUGCGGUGCGUCUUGAGGACGUGGACGAUGACCCUCUGGACGGACAGGACGGCUGCACCCUGAUCGUGGGACUCAUGCAGAAAGAUGGCCGCCGCGGACUCCGACUGGGCCGGGAGCUCAACACCAUCGGCUUCACCAUCUAUGAGGUUCAGGAUACUCACAAGGGUCAGACCGAUGUCCACUUGGGACGAGACGUGCUACUGAGGACGCGCUCGGUGGCCAUGACCACCUUCAUCGACUCCCGGGAGGUGUGCGAGCGCUACAACCUGCCCCCUGGAGAGUACGUCAUCAUCCCCUCCACCUUCGAGCCCCACAAGAGGGGGAGCUUCGUCCUGCGCAUCUUCUCUGAGAAGGACGCGCCCACCAGAGAAAUGGAAGAGGACAUUGAUGUCACUGUGGAGGAGACUGAAAUCUCAGAGAGUGAUGUGGACCCUCGAUUCAAACCACUGUUCAGACGGGUCGCUGGUAAUGAUUCAGAGGUGUCUGUCUUUGAACUGGUCCGUGUCCUGAAUGAAGUCAUUUCUCAAAAAUCUUUAGGUGUGAAGACAGAUGGAUUCAGUCUGGAGACUGGCCGCCAGAUUGUCAGCCUUCUGGAUCAAGAUGGAAGUACCACACUGGGCCUGGUUGAAUUCCACACUCUUUGGAUGAAGAUUCAGAAAUACUUGGUGAUCUUUAAGACACUUGACUCUGAUGGGUCUGGCACCAUGAGCUCUCAUGAGAUGAGGGAAGCUCUGACUAUGGCAGGUUUCAAGGUCAACAGUGCAGUGCUGGAGGUCAUUGUGGACCACUAUGCCGACGCUCGUUAUACCAUAGACUUUGACAGCUACGUGGGUUGCCUGAUUAAACUGGAGAUGUUAUUCAAGAUGUUUAAAACACUGGAGUCCAAUGGGUCGGGAAAAAUCGAGCUGGACAUUCAGCAGUGGUUGUGCCUCGCGAUCAACUAGGGUGCAAGACAUUUCAGCCACUUUAACAGUAGAUGCCUUGGAUACACAUACUCACACCACACACUUUGUAUAUCUCAUUCUGAUCAAUUGUCACCACCUGAAUGAACUGAACUUUGGCCUACUACUUGUACAACAUGUAACGACUGGGUAAAAGCAAAAAGAAAUGUUUCGAAAUUUGUUAAGCAGGUAAAGGAAGGCAGGGCUACAUGGAAAGGAAAAAUGUGUUGCACACACAGGUGCAUCUAUUUAUUUCAAAAAUGGCUUCCAUGGGUAUAG